AUGGUGUUCAAGCCAGCAUGUGCGGCCUGUGGCCGGGUGUUAGAGCAGGCGCUGCAGUGUUCACGGUGCAAGGCGAGCUAUUAUUGUAACCGGGAAUGCCAACGGCUACAAUGGAAGGAACACAAGCGGGUGUGUCGACCUCCGACGGCGGAAACUCCCGGUGGCGGCGGCAGCGGCAGCUCAUCGGAAAAGACCAAAGGAGUGGCACCACCACGCGCCUUCAAGGAUCGCGUGACGCGCACGUCAUUUCGAGAUUUUCCAAACGCCGAGUGGUUGCCGGCACCACAGCGCCAUCGACCGGACCGCCCCGCGCCCAACUUGCUGAUCCUGCUGCAUGGUCUUGGAGAUGACGAGCAAAAGUUUGCGGCACUGGGACGUAACAUGGCACUUCCCGGCAUGGAGGUACUCAGUGUGCGGGGUCCGUACGUGGUGCCGCCCGGGGACAUGGGCUUUGGAUGGUAUCCGGCCUACGAGGCAGAUGGGGAACUCAUCAAGGGCAAACCCGGGGAGCAGCGGCGGAUUGCUGGUCUGGAUGCGGCGGUGCAACGCCUGCACGGCUUGCUGGACGAGCUGACGGGGAUGGGCUGGCACAUGCGAGGCGUCUUUUUGCUUGGGUUUGGACAGGGGGCGCUGACGGCGCUCGAUGCAGGGCUCUCCUAUCGCCAAUUGCUGGGCGGGGUGAUGGCGUUAUCGGGUGGCUGUUUUCUUGAGGAGUACGACGACACGGGCCUCGAGGCUUUGGCCCAGGCCCGUGGCUGGCAGCAAGCAGAGCUGCCAUUGCAUGUGACCCACUUGACCGCGCCAGUGUAUCUGCCGAUGGAGCGUGCGAUUACCCAGGCGACGCUCCUCAAGCCAUGGUGCAAAAAGCUAAUUUUUCACAGCUACACGGACAGCCAGCUGUUGGCUUCGGAAGCUCAGGUCCGCGAGCUGUUUGAAUAUCUGUCCCCGCUCAUGGUGACAAGCCUCCACGAGAUGUCCCUCAACGGCGAAGUCCAUGAAGUGGCCUCGGUGCAGUGA